CCUAUUGUAGUUGCAGUGAUACUGACACUUCUCUAUACAUUUUUAUUAAUCAUAUACAUAUUUUUUUUGCACAUUAUCCCUAUAUAAUAUAUUUAGUGUAACAUUAGUGCUGCUUAUAUCAGAGUUAUAGGUUCCUUAUUCUUUAGCCAUUACUGAAAUGGAUGGUCUGGAAACUCUGGUCAAUGCCAAAGGGGCUGCUGUAAGCUGCUUUAUAUUGGGUCUGAGGGGAGUUGUUUGAACCUCUGAAUACUAGUCCAGACAUGGGCAGCUGGGUAAUGAUUGGAAGAAAGGGAAUGCAUUAUGGCAGCACUUUUGGGGCAAUAUAAUAAUAGUCACAAAGUUUGUACCAGGUCUAGUAUCACAUGGCAGCCAAUCAGAUGCUUGGUUUCCACUGAUAUCCCAUGAUGCAGUUAGCUGCACAGCUACAGAUCCCUGCCUGUUGCCUGCUCUCUCUCUGUAAGUACAUUUUCCUGCAUCAUUAAGCAGUUUCCAUGAGAUGUUUUUAAUUCCAUGUUCUUUUCUUUUACAGGAGAAAAGGUGAUGGGUUGCUGUCACACUAUUUUUUCUAAAUCCAAGGUAAAGGGAUUCUCUUCUCUUUUUCAAUAUAUACAUGUAAGAGAAUGCCCAUGCCCACCGUCUUAAUGCCCAUAAUGGCACAGGGCAAAGUGUGCACUAUUCACAUCCGGGCAUAAAACUUUCACUUAGGUUAUAGCAUAGCUUGUGUAUAGUUGCAAACACAAUAUUUUACUGGGCAAAAAUUAACAUGGUCACUUGAUGGUCAAACAGAUUUUUUUGUACUCAGCACAUUGCCCACAUAUAUAAAUGAGCCCUUGUGUGUUUGUUUAAUAUUCUGCCUGUCAUUUAAUAUUCUGCGUGUCUUCACCUUUACAGAACUAUUCUGAUUUUGAACCUAUAUUUGUGAAGAUUCAUGAAAUUACUGAUGUGCUGGAGCCUCCGGUGGAGUUCAUUGCCACUGUAGAGAUGCCCGACCACCCGGUGCCAUUAAUGGAUUCUCCUGAAGUGAUUGAGCCUCCUGAUGUUGGAAUGUCUCACACUGUUGGACAAAUGAUCCUAGAACAGGAGGAGGGUGGAUUUGAGCCAGAAGAGGACACGGUGGCAAACUUCACUGUCACCUCCUUUAGUGUCCCCUCAGCUUGUGAAGAAGCUUCCAAUGGCUCAGAGUCAGUCACCGAGCUACUAGGCGCAGAAGGACCCUCUGAUAGCGCCAUGCCCAGAUCUCUGGAAAACUUCAAUCUGGGAAAAGUAUUGGGUGAAGGCACCUUUGGAAAGGUGUUCCUGGCAGAGUACAAGGACACAAAACAACUGUGUGCCAUAAAGACCCUCAAGAAAGAGAGGAUUAUUGCCAAGAAUGAUAUCAAGAGUGUAUUCAAGGAGAAGCGAAUCCUUCAGAAGGUUACCAGCGCAGAGCACCCAUUCCUGGUUUCCUUAUACGCCACAUUCCAGAGUGAGAAUCACCUCUUUUUUGUUAUGGAAUAUCUUCCUGGAGGUGAUCUGUGCCAUCUGCUCGAGCAUCAAGGAGCAUUUGAGGAAUCAAAAGCCAUGUUUUACACUGCCUGUAUAGUGCUCGGCCUGGAGGAAUUGCACCGGAACAAUAUUGUUCAUAGAGAUCUGAAACUGGAAAAUCUAAUGGUGGAUGUACAUGGCUAUCUGAAAAUCGUGGAUUUUGGCCUGAGCAAAGAUGGUUUCAGAUAUGGAGAUCGCAGUAAGACCCGGUGCGGAACAAACUGCUACAUGGCCCCAGAGAUCAUUGAUGAGAUGGCAUACAGCAGGGCCGUUGACUGGUGGGCCCUUGGGGUUGUGUUAUAUGUCAUGAUCAUGUUCCAGUUCCCAUUUGAUGCAGAAGAUGACAUGGAAUUAUUUGAGAGCAUCAGGAAUGACAAACCUGCCCUGACAGAGGAAUUGUCAGAGGAAGCUCAGUGCCUAAUACUAAGAUUACUGGAGAAGAAUCCAUGUCAUCGCCUCGGAUACAGCGAGGCCGGUGCUGAAGAGGUUAAAGCCCAUGAAUUCUUUGAAGAUAUUGAUUGGGAAGAAUUUCUUGAAAGAGAACUGAUGCCUCCAUUUAAACCAGAUGUCAGUGGCCUUACAGAGAGUACCAGGCAAUCUGAAUGCCAAGCCUGGGGAUUAAUGCCACCAGCUGAAGCGAUAUCACCAGAGGCACAAGAGCUGUUUGAAGGAUUUGACUAUUCAGCUGAGUGAGAGGCAAUUGCAAGGGGCAGAUAUAUGGCUGGAAAGGGCGGGUGGUGGGCCAGUCCAUAUACAAAUCAGAAGCCUCAAUGACUUAAAGUUAAUAUUAGAUGCCCCAAGUCAUCAGUUUCUGAAGGAACAGUCUAAUGGCAGCACCAAAGUAUCUGUACGUCAGCCUUAAGGGGCAGAGUUCUGGAUUGAGAUUCAAAAGAGACCCUGGCAUUUCAAGUACAGAGAUCCGAACAGCCCCUUGUGGCAUUUGCCAGAAUCUACAGAUUGCCACUCUGGGCCUGCCCCAGAUACACAUGAGAAGCCUCAUUGGUACAAAAUGGAUAUCAGAUUCCCCGACAUCAAGUUGUGGAGGAACAGCCUAAUGGUGGAACAACAGUACCUGCAG